UGCAUCCCCACUUGAUGUCACAACUCCAUUCUUUGCUGAGAGAAUUGAUCAACAUUCAUUGGGAGCCUCUGGAGAAAGAGAGGGAAGGGGAAAGAGAGAGCAAGCAAGGAGAAAAGGUGGUUAGCCGAUUCUUCCAAUCCCAGCUACAUAGAAGUUGGGACACAAUCGGACACAGAAUAGCUAUUUGUAACUGGGGUCCUUGAUGACGUAUGGCUGACUGUUUCCUGGCACAAAUCUUUAUGGACCAGUAAGCAGAGCGAAAUUGAAGCUGACAAGACUUUUUGCAUUUUGGAAAGGACUGUAAUCUACUGUAGUGAAGAACAGAGCCACUCAAUCACUGCUGCUGUAAAUAAGAGACAGAAGGGAGUAAGAAAGAAAGAAGAGAAAAAGAUUUUGUUGGGAGGAGGGGGGAGAAAGCAUUUUUGGUGGAUGGUAUGAAGCCAGCCAUGGAAACUGCAGCAGAGGAAAAUACAGAACAAAGACAAGAGAAAAAAGUGAUCACCAGACCAGAAAUGGAAAUUGGCAGGUACCACUGGAUGUACAGGAGUUCAAGGCCACACCAGUACCAUCAUGUGCCAGCAUUGAGAGGCAAUAUUAGUCCUUUGGGGAUUCAAGGUUGCUUUGAAUGUUGCAUUAAGUGCCUGGGAGGAGUUCCAUAUGCUUCACUUGUGGCAACCAUUCUCUGCUUUUCUGGGGUAGCAUUGUUUUGUGGCUGUGGUCAUGUGGCUCUCACUGGAACCGUAUCUAUCCUUGAACAACACUUCUCCACAAACUCCAGUGACCAUGCUUUGCUGAGUGAAGUCAUACAGCUAAUGCAGUAUGUAAUCUAUGGCAUUGCAUCAUUUUUUUUCUUAUAUGGAAUAAUCCUUUUGGCGGAAGGCUUUUAUACAACAAGUGCUGUGAAGGAGCUACAUGGUGAGUUCAAAACAACAGCCUGUGGCCGAUGCAUCAGUGGAAUGUUUGUUUUCCUCACAUAUGUGCUUGGAGUGGCCUGGCUUGGGGUCUUUGGCUUUUCUGCUGUGCCUGUCUUUAUGUUCUAUAACAUAUGGUCAACUUGUGAAGUCAUCAAAUCACUCCAGACAAAUAUGACAGCUUCAGGGGACCAGAUCUGCGUGGAUGUCAGGCAAUAUGGUAUCAUCCCUUGGAAUGCUGUACCAGGCAGGGCUUGUGGGCCAAUUUUAGAGAACAUCUGCAACACAAAUGAGUUCUACAUGUCCUAUCACCUGUUCAUUGUGGCCUGUGCUGGAGCUGGUGCCACUGUCAUUGCCCUGAUCCACUUCCUCAUGAUACUGUCUUCUAACUGGGCCUACUUAAAGGAUGCAAGCAAAAUGCAAGCUUACCAAGAUAUCAAAGCAAAAGAAGAGCAGGAGCUUCAAGAUAUCCAGUCUCGGUCAAAAGAGCAACUCAAUUCUUACACAUAAAAGUUUGCCAGAGUAAUUCAACAGAAGAAUUUUGUAGUUCUGACAAAUCCUCAAACGGCUGCUCUGCAGUACAGAUGUAUGUCUACCAAACAAUCUAAUACAGAAGUGUAAAAACUUCACAUUCAAGCUCCUGGGACAUGUUCAAAGGGAAACCUUCCAGUGGGUAACCUUCCUUUCUUUAGUACAGAUUUAAGAGGUUUCAGUCCAGCCAUUUUAAAAGGCAACACUUUGUAACAAGUGCCCAAUCAGUCAUCCUUUUGAGACGCUUGGUAUUAAUUCUUGUGGCCUAAAGCUCCUCUACAAAAUUGUAGUGGGUGACCCAGCAUGGCAAGUAGCAGGAGAUUUAUGGCCAUAAAUAAUUGCACAGUUGUGAGAUGUGAUAAAACAAUUAUCCCAGUUCUAUACCAAAUGAAACUGUGGCUAGCUCAUCAGAUUUCUCAUAGCUCAUGUUUAUUUACUGAUACAAUCUCAGCAUGUCAUAAACCAGCUGAUUCAUAAAAGGGCAAGUGUCUAACUAAAAGCACUUUAUGGGCAGAAGGCAGAAGUCCAUUUUCAGAGCCACAUCUUUUUCAAUAAUGCUAUAGUGAGCUACUGUCAUUCUACUGCACUUACUAUCUGCACAAGCUGGGUGCUGAGUAAUUGCUCAGCUGCUCCAAGUUUUAAUUAUUUUUAUUAACUAGUUGAUGGAAUGUAGAUGCUGGUCAGGAUAAUGAUCCCCUUCUUUGAAAAUAAAUGUCAGCUUUGCCUUAAUAUUUAUUUUCUAUAAAUGCCUUAGCAUUUAUAUAGUAGCAGGAGACCAUUAUCUGUAUUAUUAAGCAAAAAGUGUUACCUUAUUAAAAUGAAACUGAUUUGACUAUUCCAAAUGAGCAGACUAGUGAAUUUGCAGUUUCACAUAAGCUAUAAAAAAUACAGCCAUAAAGCAGACCACUGGUCAGCCACCUUUCUCUACUUCGGUGCUUAAGUUUAUAGUCAGUGCUUAUUCAUUUUUGCUUUAUAAAUCACAAAAAGCCAGGGUGGUGUUCAGCAAAAAAUCUGGUGCCGUGUUAAAGUCCCACAGCAGUCUGCCUUCAUUUUGUUUUUUCAGAAACAUUCAGUGAUAUCUUGAGUAUUAGUGAUGGGUAUAUUUGGUGUUUGUUCUUUACAAAAUAUUUUAUAAAUAAGGGGGGGAAAUCAAGUAUCAGUCAUUUGAAAAAAAAAUUAAAUGGUAAAGUCAAGUUAUAUUCCCAUGUUAAGUUAAUGUGUGGUUUGAUUAGUUUUGACUGUUGGCUGAAUAUUAAAAUAAAAAGGAAGCACAAGUUUCUUUAGCUAAGUCAAUAUUAAGAUGUGGACAGACAUUUUUCAAGUAUUACCUUACAGUUGGAUUUUUUGGUUAAAUGCCUAAAAGUCUAAUCUGACAGUUUUAAAAAAGGGGCAAAGUGUACGUAGAGCAGAUGACAGUGUAGCCUAGUGUUUGUUUUACCUGUUGCAUGAAGGAGAAACAUUUCUACAACAAUGCAGGUGAUGUUCUAGCCCAGUGUUUGCAUAAGGGGAAUGGAGGCAGUGUCUUAAAGCCUAAUUCUUUUCUAGUUCGAUGUAGCUAUUACUGGGAGUUUUCUGAAGUUUUGUUUAAGUAGUCUAAUAUUUUUAUGUAAAGAGCAUUAAAUUUUGCUAUGUAUAAAUUUUUGUAACCUAACAGUGAAUCAAUAUUUUCUAUCAGUGCCAAGGGCUUCCUGUAGCUAUAUCCAAGUGUUA